GCUAGAGCGGCGCCAUGGAGGAGCGGCGGCGGCGGGCGCUGCGGCGGGGCCGGGCGCGGCUGGUGGCGGCGCUGCGGGUGGAGCCGCUCUGGGACCUGCUGCGGGACAGGGGGGUCUUCACCCGCACCAUGAUCGAGGACAUCCAGAGCGCCGGCAGCCGAGGAGAGCAGGCCCGGCAGCUGCUCAUCGACCUGGAGACCCGAGGGAAACAGGCUUUUCCCAUCUUCCUCUCGAUCCUGCGGGACACGGGGCAGGGAGAGCUGGCAGACCUGCUGCUGGGGGAGGGUGAGCUCCCUCUGGUGCCACCACAGCUGCGGGACCUGCAGCCUGUCCCGCUGGACCUGCCUGGAGAAAAGCACAAUGAAAGUGGGAACUUCCCUGAACCUUUGUCCAUCCCUGUCCAAGCUGAGAGUGACAGGCCUCCCAAGACCCAGGGUCUGGCUGUUGACAAGAGGAACCAGGAUCUGGUGUACCAGCUUCGAGCCAACCCCUGUGGCUACUGCCUGAUCCUCAACAACGUCACCUUCAGCAGGGCCUCGGGGCUCUCCAGGCGCGACGGCUCCGACCUGGACGCCCAGAAGCUGGAGAAGCGCUUCAAGUCCUUGGGCUUCCACCUCCUGCCUCGGAGGGACCUGACAGCUGAGGAAAUGGUUUCAGAGCUGCAGAAGCUGGCACGGCAGGACCACUCCACCUUGGACUGCUGCAUCGUGGUCAUUCUGUCCCAUGGGUGCCAGACCAGCCAUAUUCAGUUUCCUGGAGGCGUUUUCGGAACGGAUGGAAAACCCAUUCCAAUCGAAAAGAUUGUGAACUAUUUCACUGGGUCCCAUUGCCCGAGUUUGAGAGGAAAACCCAAACUCUUCUUCAUCCAGGCCUGUGGUGGAGAACAAAGGGAUCGAGGCUUUGUGGUGGACUCUGAUCCCCCUGGAGAUGAAGCUCCUGGAGGUUCUUCGGAGUCGGACGCGACUCCUUUUCAGCCUCCAGCAGGUAACGUGGACGAGCCUGAUGCUGUAGCCAGUUUGCCCACACCCAGUGACAUCUUGGUCUCCUACUCAACUUUUCCAGGUUUUGUCUCCUGGAGGGAGGCCUCAAGUGGCUCGUGGUAUGUGGAAACUCUGGACAGUGUGCUGGAGCAGUAUGCCCCUUCAGAGGACCUGCUGAACAUGUUACUGAGGGUGGCACAUGCUGUCUCUGCCAAGGGCAAGUACAAGCAGAUCCCAGGAUGUUUCAACUUCCUCCGGAAAAAGUUCUUCUUCAGGUGUAAAUGACCCUGGGUUCCCAGGUCCCACCAGGUGGGACAAUCACGUCUGGGUGGCACCAGCGCCCAUCACGACUCGGCCUUGAUGCUCCUGGUGGCCUUUGUCUGUCUUGGUGAGAUGUUCUGCCUUGAGAAAUGUGAUGUGUGAAAGCAAGAGGAGAUGGAGGUUGGUGCUGUGUCCCCAGGGAAGGGUUGGGGUGGAGCAGGGAUGGUUCAGGAAGCUCCUUUGCUGGCCCAGAUCCACUGUGCUCCUGGAAGAAGCACCUUCAGGUUGCCAGGACACACUGUGCUCAACCUCCAGUGACCAUGUUGGUGAUGUUUGUGUCCUUUAGUGCUGGGAUAACCUAUUGGUGGAAUCCAGUUCUGGCCUUUAAAUGGAACAGAAGGAUUUUUGCAAUUGAUUCUUUCUCUUUUUCAAUAAAAUGCCAUGAAAAAAAAGAA